UUGAGUCCCAUUUGGCAGCUGCGGACUGCCGGACAGACAGACGGACGGCGGUGGCGAUCGAAGGCGCAGGGAGGCCCGCGCGGCGGGAGGGAAGAGACGUCCGCAGGGCAGGCAAGAGCCAGACCCGCUGCCUCCCCCGACAGAGCCAUGGACAGCACCGACAACGCCACCCUGCUUUUCGGCACCGACAAUGGCACCCUGCUCUUCGGCCAGUCCACGCUGCCCCCGGACAAUUACACCUUGUCGCCCACCGCCAGCAGCCUGAGUCCCGGCUCGGACGCACCCCUCGCGCCGGCCUCCAGCGCCGGCCCCGGCCCCGGCCCCGUGCUCAGUGUGACACCCGGGCCCGGAGUCAGUUUCAGCCCCGGCCCCACACCGACCCCGGCGCCGACGGCCGGCAGCUUCGCGGGCGGCGCGGGUGGCCCAAGCCCGACCCUGUUCGCUCGGCCCGAGGCGGCCCACGAGCCCCCGUUCUGGGACACGCCGCUGAACCAUGGGCUGAACGUGUUGGUGGGCGCCGCCCUGUGCAUCACCAUGCUGGGCCUGGGCUGCACGGUGGACGGGAACCACUUCGGGGCGCACGUCCGCCGGCCGGUGGGCGCGCUGCUGGCCGCACUCUGCCAGUUCGGCUUCCUGCCGCUGCUGGCCUUCUUGCUGGCGCUCGCCUUCUCCCUGGACGGCUCGGCCGCCGUGGCGGUGCUCCUGUGUGGCUGCUGUCCCGGCGGGAAUCUCUCCAACCUCAUGUCCCUGCUCGUGGACGGCGACAUGAACCUCAGUAUCAUCAUGACCAUCUCCUCCACUCUCCUGGCCCUGGUCUUGAUGCCCCUGUGCCUGUGGAUCUACAGCCGGCCUUGGAUCGACACUCCCCUGGUGCAGUUACUACCCAUAGGGACAGUGAUCCUGACCCUCUGCAGCACUCUCAUCCCCAUCGGUUUGGGCGUCUUCAUUCGCUAUAGAUACAGCCGGGUGGCUGACUACAUUGUGAAGAUUUCCCUGUGGUCUCUGCUAAUGACGCUGGUGGUCCUUUUCAUAUUGACCGGCACUAUGUUAGGACCCGAACUGUUGGCCAGUAUUCCAGCAGCUGUUUACGUGGUAGCGAUUUUUAUGCCUUUGGCAGGCUAUGCCUCAGGCUACGGCUUAGCUACUCUCUUCCAUCUUCCGCCCAACUGCAAGAGGACGGUGAGCCUGGAAACAGGGAGCCAAAAUGUGCAGCUCUGUACCGCCAUCCUGAAACUGGCAUUUCCACCACAAAACAUAGGAAGUAUGUACAUGUUUCCCUUGCUUUAUGCCCUUUUCCAGUCUGCAGAAGCAGGGAUUUUUGUUUUAAUAUAUAAAAUGUAUGGAAGUGGAGUACUGCACAAGCAAGAUCCUCUAGAUGAAGAUGAAGAUACAGAUAUUUCUUAUAAGAAACUGAAAGAAGAGGAAAUGGCAGACACGUCCUAUGGCACAGUGAAAGCAGAUAAUUUAAUUAUGAUGGAAACCACUCAGACUUCACUCUAAAUAUGAAGAUACACAGGAGAGUUUAUCUUGCUGAAAUACUACUUCAUAUUUAUGGUCUGUGGUAGUGUCUAUGGUUUACAUAAAGAACAACAGCUGGUUCACAUCAUUAUACAUGUAACGAUUUUGAUCUACCCACCAUAAGAUUGCAUUGGUAUAUUAACCAAGCAUUUACAUAAACUACAAAUCAGUGUUGUAAAGUAACUUGCACCUGGGACUGCUAGGUUGCUGGCCUGAACAAGUGUGGUUUUUGGUUUUCACCAUGACCAAUAUCUAUGACUGUUUCAAAUAUGUUAAACAGGGUCUUGGAAAUGUAGAAUUUUGAUGCACUAUCUUAUAUGAGUAAAAACAUGCUAUAUUUGUAAAGCAUAAUUGAGUUGAAUGUAAUUGUUGUUAAAACAAAGUGUGCUUGCUCAGUUUAUAAAUACUUGACACUGUUAAAAUUUGACCUGUAUUCAGACAAAUCCCCAAACAGGUCAAUUAAACAAUGAAAUAUAA